AUGAACUACUCGGUAAACAUCACGGGCAGCCCCAGCCACAACAUGUCGUACGACAGUGGCGUCAUGGACAACUUUGCCUACAACGUCCUCCAAUACGCCAACGCCUGCGCCGCUUUCCUCUUCUCCGUACUCGGAAUUGGGACCAACGUCAUCAACGUAAAAACCUUCAUCCGUAUGGGUUUGGAUGACGGCGUAACUGUCUCCUUUCUAGGACUGUCCGUCUCCGAUUUGACAGUGUCCAUGCUGAACCUGUGUAACAGCGUGUCUUUGUUCUGCCAUGCCUUAGAGCGUUCACUCGGACACCUGUUCCGGCUUGACCCUAUGUGGUGUGUGGUGUUCUUCACCAACCUCGGUACCGCCAUCUACGUGGUGACCAUGCUGAACACUGUCUUCUUAGCUCUGGCGCGGUGUAUGUGUGUGGUGAAACCACUCCACUUCAAACACGCCUUCACGCCGAUGCGCUCUGUGGUGAUCAUCGCUGUGUUCAACGUGUUCGCACUGGUUCUCUACAUCCCGAUUUUCGUACACACCGGGGUCACCACUGAGUUCAGUACAGAUCUUAAUGCCACUCGCAAGGUCAUCUGGCUCUCUCCGGACCGAGAGAAGUUCAAGGACGGUGUUCUUCUCAUCUCCUUGACUAUCGUCCCUUUCUCUUCGCAGUUCAUCGUCACCUUCUGCGUCAUCCUCCUCAGCUGGAGCCUCCGGAAAGCUUCUAAAUUUAGAUUCACGUCAUCGUCUGCUUCCUCCGGUGUCACUGCUGCUAAGCAAAACGGGGAUAACGCGCUAGACUCUUCAGGCCCCGACGAGGGUAAGAAUCCGGCAAAAUGGCGCCUCACGGGCAAAGAUCUUCAGGUGGUACGCCAAGUUGUCCUUAUUUCAACUAUCUUCAUCGUGCUGAACACGCCUAUGGUGAUGCUGGGCUUGUCCGGUCUGCUGCUGGCCGGCUUUGACGCCAGUUGGAGCGCUGACCGCUACGUCCGACUCUACUACUCCGGCCACUUCAUGCGGCGAGUGUUUGAGCAGGUGAACAGCUCCGUGAACAUCUUCAUCUACUACAGCUACAACACCUCCUUCCGCACACACUUCGCGCUGGCCUGGGGGAACAAGAAGGACAAGUCCUAG